AUGGGUGGAGGAGGAAAGAUCCCGUACCCCAAGCACGUCUGGUCGCCGGCCGGUGGUUGGUAUGCCCAGCCCAGCAAUUGGAAGGCCAACACGGCCAUCGUGGGCUUGACUAUCACCGGCCUCGUGGCCAUGGUCUGGAGUCUAGGCGCAAGGCUUGAGCACCGAGACAAGAUGCCCGAUCGAGACCGAUUCUUCCCCAGCCGAUAUUGGAGCAAACAGAUUAUCGAGCACGAGCGUAGAGAAGACGAAAAGAAAGCACUCGAGAAGGCGGCUAAAGGCUGA